AUGGCUUCCUGGUGGUUAUUCUUCCCUAACGGUGAAGCCAUCUGCACCGGCUCAGAUGAUGCCACCUGCCGUCUCUUUGACCUGCGGGCAGACCAGGAGCUCAUAGUGUACUCUCACGAGAGCAUCAUCUGCGGAAUCACAUCGGUCGCCUUCUCCCGCAGUGGGCGCCUCUUGCUUGCUGGAUACGAUGACUUCAACUGCAACAUCUGGGACUCCCUGAAAGCAGAGCGCGUGGGAAUCCUUUCUGGCCACGACAACAGAGUGAGCUGCCUGGGGGUGACGGCAGAUGGCAUGGCCGUUGCCACCGGUUCCUGGGACAGCUUCCUCAAGAUUUGGAACUGAGGACGGCAACCGAGAGGGAAAGACCAGCGGAAGCACGGCCCACAGCCCGAGCCCAUGCACAAGAGCAUCGUCAGUUGAGCACAACAGCAACGCCUACCCACCACUCCCGCUUGUCUCUAGACACAGGUCACUUGUAGGGGUCUC